AUGCUCAUAGAAGUUGGAAAGAGGUAUGCAAACCAAUUUGAAUCAUUACCCCCACCUACUAAUAAGGUUUUACCUUCUAUUGUGCAGGCACCAGAGUUGGAAUUAAAGCAAUUGCCAAAACACCUUAAAUAUGCUUGUUUAGGUGAAAAUGAGACUCUACCUGUUAUCAUUGCCUCACACCUCGAACCAAAUGAUGAGAAGAAGCUUUUGAGAGUUCUAAAAGAGCACAAAACUGCAAUUGGGUGGAGCAUUACAGAUAUCAAAGGCAUAAGUCCAACACUAUGCAUGCACAAGAUAUUAUUGGAAGACAAAGCAAUGCCUAAGAGGGAUGCCCAAAGACGUCUCAAUCCGAACAUGAAGGAGGUGGUAAGAAAAGAGGUAAUGAAGCUUUUAGAUGUUGGUAUUAUUUACCCUAUUUCUGACAGUAAAUGGGUGAGCCCAGUGCAAGUUGUUCCCAAAAAGUCAGGUAUCACAGUGGUGAAGAAUGAAGCAAAUGAGCUUGUACCUACACGGGUGACCACGGGCUGGAGAGUUUGCAUCGAUUAUAGGAAGCUCAACACAGCAACAAGCAAGGAUCACUUCCCUCUUCCAUUCAUUGAUCAGAUGCUUGAGAGAUUGGCUGGCCAUAGCCACUAUUGCUUCCUUGAUGGAUAUUCAGGCUACAACCAAAUCGCCAUAGCCCCAGAGGAUCAAGAGAAGACGACCUUCACGUGUCCCUUUGGUACUUUCGCUUAUAGGAGGAUGCCUUUUGGUCUCUGUAAUGCCCCAGCCACUUUUCAAAGGUGCAUGAUGAGCAUUUUCUCCGACAUGGUAGAAAGGUUUAUUGAGGUAUUCAUGGAUGACUUCUCUGUCUUUGGUGAUUCUUUUGAUCAAUGCUUGCAUAACUUAUCCAAGGUGUUGGCUAGAUGUGAAAAGACUAACCUUGUGCUUAAUUGGGAAAAAUGUCAUUUUAUGGUUAACCAAGGCAUAGUUCUUGGUCAUGUCAUCUCUAGUAAAGGAAUCGAGGUAGAUAAAGCUAAGAUUGAUUUGAUUGCCUCCAUGCCCUCACCUACUUCUGUCAAAGAAGUACGUUCUUUCCUUGGCCAUGCAGGUUUCUAUAGGCGUUUCAUUAAGGAAUUUUCUAAGAUUGCGAGGCCUUUGUGCAAUCUCCUUGCCAAGGACAUGGAUUUUGUCUUUGAUCAAAACUGUGAGAAUGCUUUCAAUGCUUUGAAGAAGAUGCUCACAACUGCCCCAAUCAUUAUACCACCAUAUUGGAGCUUGCCUUUUGAAUUGAUGUGUGACGCCUCUGAUUAUGCCGUUGGAGCUGUUUUGGGACAGCGAAUUGAUAAGAAGCCACAUGCCAUCUACUAUGCUAGUAGAACCCUCAACGAUGCCCAACUCAACUAUUCCACCACAGAGAAGGAGUUAUUAGCUGUCAUAUUUGCUUUAGAGAAGUUCAGAUCAUAUUUGAUUACUAACAAGGUUAUUGUUUACACUGAUCAUGCAGCAUUAAAAUACUUGUUAGCCAAGAAGGAUGCCAAGCCACGACUCAUUAGAUGGAUUCUCUUGUUGCAAGAGUUUGACUUAGAGAUAAAAGAUAAGAAAGGAAGUGAGAAUGUUGUGGCUGAUCAUUUGAGUAGAUUGGUGCAUGUGUCUAACGAAGAGGAGGAUUCAUUGCCAUUGCGUGAAAGCUUCCCUGAUGAGCAACUCUUCUCCAUUUGUGCUUUGAAUUCUCUCAAUCCAUUAUCUUGGUUUGCUGUUAUUGUUAACUAUUUGUGCACUAAUGAACUCCCUACAGGGUUAUCUACGUUCCAACGUGACAAGCUUAGGAAGCAAGCAAGAUACUACUUUUGGGAUGAUCCAUAUUUAUUCAAGCAUUGCCCAGACCAAGUAAUUCGAAGGUGUGUGUCUGAAGGUGAUUUUAAGAGCAUUCUGGAGUUUUGUCACUCCCAUGCAUGUGGAGGACAUUUUGGAGCAAAGGAGACUGCCAACAAAGUGCUACAAUCAGGUUUCUUUUGGCCUACCCUUUUUAAGGAUGCGUAUGUUUUUUGUGCUUCAUGUGAUAGAUGCCAACGGAUGGGUAAUUUACAUGCUAGAAAUCAGAUGCCUCUCACCAAUAUCCUAAUCAUUGAAAUAUUUGAUGUUUGGGGAAUUGAUUUCAUGGGCCCUUUUCCUACCUCUUAUGGAUUUGAAUAUAUAUUAGUUGCUGUCAAUUAUGUUUCUAAAUGGGUAGAAGCCAUUGCCACUAGAACUAAUGAUGCUAAGGUUGUGAUCGGUUUUCUCAAAGGAAAUAUUUUUACAAGGUUUGGCACACCUAGAGCAAUCAUUAGUGAUGGUGGCUCCCACUUUGUUAACCAAGCUUUUGCAGCACUCUUGAAGAAAUAUGGAAUCACGCAUAAGGUGGCAACACCCUAUCAUCCCCAAACUAGUGGGCAGGUUGAGAUAAGCAAUAGGGAGAUUAAGCACAUACUUGAAAAGACGGUGAACACCACAAGGAAGGAUUGGUCCAUGCGUUUGGAUGAUGCAUUGUGGGCUUAUAGGACUGCUUAUAAGACACCUAUAGGUAUGUCUCCGUAUAGGCUUGUUUUCGGUAAACCUUGUCACUUACCAGUGGAGCUUGAGCACAGGGCUUAUUGGGCAAUCAAGGCCUUCAAUUUUGAUAUGAAAGCUGCUGGUGAGAAGAGGAGGCUUCAACUCAAUGAGUUGGAGGAGUUGCGACAUGAAGCGUAUGAGAAUGCUAAGCUUUACAAGGAGAAAACAAAGCAAUAUCAUGACAAGAAAAUUCUUAGGAAGACGUUUGAGAAAGGGCAGAAGGUUCUCCUAUUCAAUUCACGCCUUAAGCUCUUCCCAGGUAAGCUUCGUUCUCGGUGGAUUGGCCCUUUUGUUAUUACUAAUGUGUUUGAUCAUGGCGCAGUGGAGAUUCAAAAUAUUAAGGAUGGCAGCACCUUCAAGGUGAACGGACAUCGGUUGAAACCUUACUUUGAUGCCAACUUUGAUGCCAAUAUUGAGUCUCAAGCACUCAAGGAGCCUCCACCACUCUCUUGA